ACGGCACGGCAACAUGGCGGACAAGGAGAAGAAGAAGAAGAAGAAGAAGAAGGAGAGCAUCUUGGACCUGUCCAAGUACAUCGACAAGGCCAUCCUGGUCAAGUUCCAGGGCGGCCACGAAGCCAGUGGCAUCCUGAAAGGCUUUGACCCUCUGCUGAACCUGGUGCUGGACGGGACCAUGGAAUACAUGCGAGACCCCAACGACCAGUACAAGCUGUCUGAGGACACGCGGCAGCUGGGGCUUGUGGUCUGCAGGGGGACGUCCGUCGUGCUCAUCUGCCCCCAGGACGGCAUGGAGGCCAUUCCCAACCCCUUCAUCCAGCAGCAGGACGUCUAGGACCUCCAGCCCCUCACCCGGCAGCAGGACCUCUGGGGACCUCCAGCCCCUCGCGGGCAGCAGGACCUCUAAGGACACAGGACC